AUCGAUAAAGCAACUGCUGUUCGAUGACCAGGCUUGGGAGAUUCGUGACUAAGAAUGUUUUGGAGAGGGGUGAUAGUGAUUGACUGUCUGAUGCCCUGAUCCUUGAGUCUGCAAGCAUGGAUUAUCUUGAUGAAGAUACAAUAUAUAAAAAAAUACAGCAUGAAGUGAAAAGGUUUUUGACCGAGUUUCCCAAGACAAAGCUGGAACUAGCGAAGUAUGUCCAAGACCUUUACUGUAUGGCAGAUAGAAUUGACAAGAUUCACAAGAACUGCACCAUUGCUAAUGUAGCAGCCAGCUCUACUAGUGCUGUCUCUGGCAUCCUGACCGUCUUGGGGUUUGUUCUGUCACCUGUAACAGCAGGAGGGAGCUUGGCCCUCUCUAUAACUGGGAUGGGAUUGGGAGCAGCAGCCACUAUUACUGGUGCUUCUGCAAACAUCAUUGAUAAUGUGAGUGAUAUACAGGGGAGGGUACGUUUAGACAAAAGUAAGGUAACGAUAGAUGGCAUUGAGAAAGUUCUACAUAAAGAUAUACAAAGAAUUAUUCGUACACUGAAAAAUUUGAAAAAGAUUUCCCAACACUACCAUGCCUUCUCCCUGGUCAAAGCCAACCCAGGCUUGAUUUCUGCUACCCAGGGUCUUACAAAAGCUGGGCGUCUCUCCACCCAGAGCAGCCAGCAGAUUGACAAGGCUUUUCAGGGCACAGCAUUGGCCAUGACCAAAAAAGCCAGGAUAAUAGGUGCUUCAUUAGCAGGACUUUUUGUUCUAGUGGAUGUGGCCACCAUUGUGCAAGAUUCAAAACAUUUGUCUAAGGGGGCAAAGACUACAACAGCAGCAAAACUGAGGGAGAGAGCUCAGAUUUUGGAAAAGAACCUGCAAGAGCUUUCUAGGGUCUAUGAGAUCCUGCUGAAAAUGGAGAUUUAACUGACAACCUAAAAACAGCUUUCAAUCCUAGGAGCCCAAAGUGGGCCUGUUCAGAGUCAUGUAGCUAGUAUGAUCCAGAGCUAGGACUGAAUUCAGAUAUUUGGCCUCAAACACCAGUGAUCUUUCUGUUUUCUCUUUUCUCUCCAACAACCAUUUCUAAAAACUGGAACCUAAAAUAAGGUUCCCUUUUCUCCCUUUUGAGACACCCUAAUCCAUUGCCCAUAGACUGCUCUGGCUCACUGCUUUGUUACUGUCUUUUCUUAGGACCUGGGGAAAGGGCACGGGGGAAGUGGCGGGGAGUGUGGAUGAGAGGAGGGAAUGACUUAUUCAAAAUGACACAGUCACUUUAUUCAUAUUUUAGUUAUUUAGAAUGAGAUUUCCUUUUUUAUUAUUGCUUCUUAGAUUUUCUUAUAGACAUUGUAAUUGAUUUUUGGAAGCUGCAACUGCUGAAGCUAUUAUCUCAAUUAGUAUCUUUGUGGAUUCCCUAGGGUUUUCCAAGUAUAUUGUCAUAUCAUCAGCAAAUUGUGAAAGUUUUAUAGUUAUAUUAAAGCUUUACAUAUAUACAUAUAUGUGUGUAUAGGUAUAUAUAUAAUCACACACAUACCAUAUAUGUGUAUAUAUGCAUAUAUAUGCACACAUACUUACAGAACUCUAUUAAAUAAUUGUCAGAAAAGUGGACAUCUCUUUGCUUUACUCCUUUAUUUAUAGGAAAAAGUUUAAGGGCAUCCCCAUAACAUAUGAUGCUAGCUCUGGUCACUAUGGUAUUUUUUUUUAAAGGUUUCUCUAUACUUACUUUGUAGAGUUUUUAGCAUAAAUUAGGGUUUUACUUUAUCUCAAUAGAUGCAGAAAAGCCUUUGAUAAUCACAUGGUUUUGGAUGUUUUCAUUUUUAAUAUGAUUACUAUAUGGAAUAUUUUUCAAAAGUUGAACCAUUCUGACAUCCCUGGUAUAAAUUCAACUUGGUCAUAAUGAAUGAUUUCUUGGAUAAAUCUCUGUAAUCUAUUUUUUUUUCCUUUUCAGUGAGGCAAUUGGGGUUAAGUGACUUGCUCAGGGUCACACAGCUAGUAAGUGUUAAGUGUCU